AUGCAGUCUCUGGAGGUAGGUCUGGUUCUCGCUCCGCCGAGGGAGCCGAGACUGACCCGCUGGCUGCGGAGAGGCAGUGGGAUCUUGGCGCAUCUGGUCGCUGUGGGCUUCACCAUCUUCCUGACUGUGCUGUCCCGGCCAGGAACCAGUCUUUUCUCCUGGCACCCUGUAUUCAUGGCCUUGGCGUUCUGCCUCUGCAUGGCUGAGGCCAUCCUGCUCUUCUCGCCCGAGCACUCCCUGUUCUUCUUCUGCUCCCGAAAGGCCCGGAUCCGACUCCACUGGGCAGGGCAGACCCUAGCCAUCCUCGGUGCAGCCCUGGGCCUGGGCUUCAUCAUCUCCAGCAGGACCCGCAGUGAGCUGCCCCACCUGGCGUCCUGGCACAGCUGGGUAGGGGCUCUGACGUUGCUGGCCACUAUCGGCCAGGCACUGUGUGGACUUUGCCUCCUGUGUCCCCGGGCAGCCAGGGUCUCAAGGGUGGCUCGUCUCAAGCUCUACCAUCUGACAUGUGGACUGGUGGUCUACCUGAUGGCUACAGUAACUGUGCUUCUGGGCAUGCACUCUGUGUGGUUCCAGGCUCAGAUCAAAGGUGCAGCCUGGUACCUGUGCCUGCUGCUGCCCCUCUAUCCAGCCCUGGUAGUAAUGCACCAGAUCUCCAGCUCCUAUUUGCCAAGGAAGAAAAUGGAAAUGUGA